CCUGCUGCACCAAUAUUUCCUCACCCGACAGCGACAAUGAAUGAUAGAAAACCACCAUCGUAUCCAGAACCUAAAACAGUUGCUCUUUUUGGAAAGCAAAUCUUUUUAAACAAACGCAUUGGAAAAUUGAUCUUUGCAAAUGACGACGUUUAUGAAAGGAUCUCAAAUUACUGCAGUGUGGAAGAAAAUGGUUCUUUCAGGGUUAUCAGCACCCUAAAGUUCUUUGAAGACUGCUCCAAUCCAGACCAGAAGAUCAUUGACGUCAUGGCUUCGGCCCACCCGGGUCCUGAAUUGUUCCUCCUGGCUGUUGAUUCUGAAACCUCAAGCUCUGAAGAUGUUUUGACUCAAAUUAAUAAACUUGAGGAAAUCUUUGGAAACUCAAUCAGAAAACAUUUAAUUCUCAUUUUUAACCAACACAAAUUGUACGAGUCACUUCUUUAUCUGAAAGAUAACAACAUUCAAUUAGAAAUGCUCAAUGAUAACCUGGCCAGUGACUGCCAGAAAUGGGGUGCGACUCGUUCAUCAUUUCUGUACAACUAUAAAGACUACAGUGAGCAAGUUGUACGGCGAAGAAAGAACGAACUACAGAUGAGAAGCUCUUUGGAAGCGGAGACCGAGACAAGACCAAGAUCAAGAAUAAGGUUCAAUGAGAGAUACAACAAAUAUGGUCGGACGACACACUUUACUGCAUCAUCUGACGCAACGGAUAUAGACAAAGCCAGUCAAGGAGAUCAAAUCAACCCACAGGAAAAUGUCUCACCUCCAGGAAGAGCUGCAGAUCCUAGACGUGGAAUGAAAAAUGGAAUGCCCGUAAGUGAUUUCAACAUUAUACUAAUGGGACGCUCUGGAUGUGGAAAGAGUGCAUCUGCAAAUACCAUCUUGCAGACUGCUGAAGCGUAUAAAAAUAAACUCUUCGAAUCUAAAGCCAGCUCUCAAGGAGUCACAACCUCGAUUCAAGUGAGACAUGUUUCGAAAAUGUUUGGAAGGCCAGUGAAUGUGAUCGAUACUCCAGACUUCUUCAGAGACAAUUUAACUAAUGUUGAGGAGGUGGUAGAGUUGUGUAAACAAUACAUUACUGAGAAUUGUGUGAUAUUACUUGUGUAUCAGCUAGGUCGCAUUACAGAUCAUGAUUAUGGUUUCAUAGAGAAGCUGGAGAGCACGUUUGGUACUACAAAUAUCAGAGAAAAGGCAACUGUCCUUUUUACCCAUGGAGAUGACAUGAAUAGAGAUCUUAAAGAACACAUCAACCAAAAUCCCAUUCUCUCAGAUAUUGUUCAGAAGUGUGGUAACCGUUAUCACCUCUUCAACAACAAGACCAAGGAUCCAAAACAAGUAAAAGAACUGACCAAAAUAAUUCCUCGAUUCGAAACAGCCUCCAAGACAAAUAAGGCUUCCUGUUCCUUGUCAAUAAUGUAGCGUGAUAUUGAAAUUAAUCGACUUUACAGAGAGCUCAACAGGAAAAUGCAAAACUGAGCAUGUUUACACUACAGUAGGGCAAAUAA